AUGAUAUCAGCGCUAUUGAGACCGCGGUCCAGGUCUCUAUGGAGCAAAGCAUUAUACGUAAGAGCAUCACCCCGUGCGCUUUUUAUUGCACCACUACAAACCGCAAGGAUACACUCCGGUUCCAGGCUCCUGAACAAGGCUGCUAACGAUCAAAAUAACGAUAAGGAUGCCAGCGAUGAUGACCUAGAAAACAUCAGGAAGGAAGUCGAACGCUAUAUCACUGAGGCUAAAAAUGACAAGACUGGUACCUGGGAGCAGCGCAAGAAAAGAAUUGACGAUGGCAUUAAGAGACUUGAGGAUACAAUGCUAAGGCAGCAAGAGACACAGCGUCGAGAAGCAGAGCAAAAGUCAAACGUUGCUAGCGAAUCCACCGCAUCCGAGCAAGCGCACGAACAGAAACCUGAUUCAAAACAGGAUCCUUUAGAAAAUGAAAGGAAGCAGGCUUCGGAACAGAACAAGAAGAUGAACGAACGAAAAAAAGCCGAGCAAGAGAAGUUUGACAAAAUCUUGAAUGACCCAAAUGCUAAGGUUUUGGCCGUUAACAUCGGUUUCUUGGAAAUAGGUGUUUUGUUGUUUCUUUUAUCCUUUAUUUUGAACCGCCUUUACAACACUGAAGAGCAGAGAGAAAUUACGUGGCAAGACUUCAGAUCGCAGCUACUUGCCAAGGGCUACGUCGCAAAGCUUAUUGUUAUCAACAAAUCAUUCGUGAAAGUCAUUCUCAAUGAAAAUGGUAAAAAUCAACCAGAACACAGCGGACACGAUUUCUACUUCUUCACAAUUGGUUCCAUUGAUAGUUUUGAACUUAAGUUGCAAAAAGCUCAAGAAGAAAUUGGGAUCGCUGAUGAUUUUAAGGUUCCUGUAAUCUACACACAAGAGGGAAAUUGGGCCAAGGCUAUGUAUCAAAUUCUUCCAACAGCACUAAUGAUUGGAGGAUUGAUUUGGAUUACAAAGCGGUCCGCGUCUGGCGCUGGGGGCGGCGGUCCCGGCGGCAUCUUCAAUGUUGGAAAGUCCAAGGCAAAAAGAUUCAACAAAGAUACCGAAGUCAAGACUACGUUCAAAGAUGUAGCCGGAUGUGAUGAAGCAAAAGAAGAAAUUAUGGAGUUUGUGAGCUUCUUAAAAGAUCCAUCUCGCUACGAAAAAAUGGGAGCUCAAAUUCCUCGCGGUGCUAUUCUUUCCGGUCCACCAGGAACCGGUAAGACCUUGAUCGCCAAAGCUACUGCGGGUGAGGCAGGUGUCCCAUUUUUUUCUGUAUCUGGCUCCGAAUUUGUCGAGAUGUUUGUAGGGGUAGGUGCCUCGAGGGUUCGUGACUUGUUCAAAACAGCCAGGGAGAACGCACCGGCAAUUAUCUUUGUUGAUGAAAUUGAUGCUAUUGGUAAAGCUAGACAAAAGGGUAACUUCUCAGGCGCUAACGACGAAAGAGAAAAUACAUUGAACCAACUUUUGGUUGAAAUGGAUGGUUUCACUGCUUCUGACCAUGUUGUUGUUUUGGCGGGUACCAAUCGCCCCGACGUGCUCGAUCAGGCCUUGAUGCGUCCAGGAAGAUUUGACAGACAUAUUAAUAUCGACAGGCCCGAACUGGAAGGACGUAAACAGAUCUUCGCAGUGCAUUUGGCCAAAAUCAAACUCGCAGGCUCUAUGGACGAUUUGAAAAAUAGACUUGCGGCCUUAACUCCUGGGUUCUCGGGUGCCGAUAUCUCCAAUGUCUGCAACGAGGCUGCAUUGACUGCUGCUAGGUUAGAUUGUAACUCUGUCAGAUUGAGCCAUUUCGAACAGGCAAUUGAAAGGGUAAUUGGUGGUGUAGAAAGAAAAUCAAAGCUUCUAUCACCUGAGGAGAAAAAAAUUGUUGCUUACCACGAGGCUGGCCAUGCCGUGUGCGGCUGGUACUUGGAGUUCGCGGAUCCCCUGUUGAAGGUGAGCAUUAUCCCAAGGGGCCAAGGGGCUCUGGGUUAUGCUCAGUACUUGCCUGGUGACGUUUAUCUCUUGAGCGAACAACAGUUGAAAGAUAGAAUGACAAUGGCCUUAGCGGGUAGAGUAUCUGAAGAAUUACAUUUCCCAUCCGUGACAAGCGGUGCUUCUGAUGAUUUUCAAAAGAUUACGCGCAUGGCUUCGGCAAUGGUUACAGAACUUGGUAUGAGCGACAAAAUUGGUUGGAUUAACUAUCAGAGAAAGAGCGAGAGCGACUUAACGAAACCCUUCUCAGAAGAGACCGCUGCGAUAGUCGAUGCCGAGGUUUACCGACUAGUCCAGGACUGCCACGACCGAUGCACAGCCUUGCUCAAGGAGAAGGCAGAAGAAGUGGAAAAGGUUGCCCAGCUUUUGCUGAAGGAAGAAGUGCUCUCCAGAGAAGACAUGAUUCGUAUGCUAGGAAAACGUCCUUUCCCUGAGCGUAAUGAUGCAUUCGACAAGUAUCUUAACGACCGCGAGACAGAAAAACUCCGCAAGAGUGAACAAGACGCUGGAAUGAGCGUUUAG